CCAAAACAGACCACUAAAAGUGACCAACCAGCAGAUUAGUACAGCCGAACAUCACCGGAAACUGUCGAAAUAGGAAACGAAACUCCCGUUCAUUGUUUUCUUCCCAGUCCAAUUAGAAGCCCAGCCCGCGAGCCUCCGUGGCGCGAGCCGACAGUUGCGUCCAAGCGGCGGAUGCGAGCGCAGACGGCACGGAUGUGGAUCCUCCGACGAGCCGUUUCCAUCCUAAAAGUGCGAGUCCUUCUCUAAAUCGCAUCUGCGCGCUCUCGUGGUUACGUUUCCGGCGCGUGAAACGCCGGACUGGGAUGUAAACACGCCGGCCUCUGCGCUCAUGCUCAGAGGCGAGGUGAGCCCGAACCCCCAGACGACCCGCAUCCCUGUUAUCUACCGCAAGUUCGCUUUGCUCCGGAGCGGAGGAGCUGUCGGCUCAAAUGGCGUCAGUGUCCAAGGUAUCCAUCCUGGAUUACUUUAAUAUUGUGUUUGAAGGGGAAAAUGGCAAAAUCGAGUCCAACUGUAAGGCGUGUGGCACCAGAAUCCAGGCGAAACGGAGCGUCACGUCCAACUUCGUUACGCAUCUCAAGCGGAAACACCCAGUUAUGUAUGAUGACUUUGUGAAAAGGAAGGAUAUGAAGAGAGAGGGUUAUUCCUCCGCUUCCCUGCACAGCUUUACCAAUGGAGGAAGCACACGCCACGCUCUCCCCAUCAGUGCUGGGGUCGGAGGAGGAAGCGUUGGAGGGAUGGCAACUCUGGAGGGAGGAGUAGGUGGAGGAUCUGGAGGAGGAAUAACCAAGUUUGAUAAACAUGACCCACGACAGGUUCUGAUCUCUGAGGCGAUUGCUAAAAUGAUUGUGCGUGACCUGCAGCCUGUAUCCAUAGUGGGAAAUCAGGGCUUCAAAGAGUUGCUUCAACUUUUGGAGCCCCGCUAUACCCCCGAGUCGCAGCGCUACAUCCAAAGCCAGCUCCUCCCAGCAUAUGCCUACCAGGCUCAGCUGGCGACCCAUCAGGCCUUGGCAUCGGCGCAGGCACUCAGCCUCAGCUUAGAUCUCUGGACGGGCUCGUGUGCAGCUGCUUCAGGAUACCUUGGAGUCACCUGCCAUUUCUUGUCAUCUGAUUGGCAGAUGCACUCAUCCCUCCUGGCGUGCCUUCCGCUGACCGGAGGCAGCUCUGGGAGCCGUGUGCUUGUAGAUUUUGAGGAGGUGUGUCACUCUCACGGCGUGUCGGGGAGAGCGUUUCGUGUGGUUGCAGACCCAGUCUCGGCAACAACGCUGGCGACAACUAAAAGGCCAUGUUGUCUCCCUGGUUUCUUGGUUCCUCCUCUUCACUCAAACGGACAUUAUGGAAGCGAUGAAGGAAUGAUGGACAAUGACGAGGACACGAAAAGAGGGAUCAGGAAUGGUCAUGGUGAAUGUGGGGAUGAAGGAGGCCGAGAUGAGUCAUGGGAGCAGAGUCUGGGCGUUUCCCGGGUGGACUGUUUCUCCCGCUCCCUGGAAGAGUGUAUUCGGGUGGGGCUGAGCUCCUGCAUACAGAUCUCCUCUACGCUAACCAAGGCUGCCCGCUUCUACAACUACAUAACGUCUGCUGUGCCUCCUGAGAAACUCAGCCAAGUGUUUGAUGGGUUGAUGACUGGGGGUUCAGAAAACAACUCACAUGUUGUAUGGGACUGGGCUGCUCAACUUAAGGUGCUUCGACGGCUGCUGGACUCGAUGGAUUUCCUGGAGGAGAUGAGUGGUCCUGGAGAGAUGGCUUUGGACGGAGCAGAUAGGGCCCUUCUGCGGGAACUCUCCGACACCUUGGAGCCCUUCACCGAGGCCUGGGAUAUGGUACAUGGAGACAGAGGGUCAGAAAUCCAGGCAGACAGACAUGUUUCCAUCAGCCUGGCUCUGCCCUGCGUCCUCGGCCUUCGUAAGCAUCUCUCUGAGACUUCAACUCCCCACUGUCCUCCCCUCCUGCUGGGCCUAAGCCAGGCUGUGGAGCGUUUCUUAGCUCCUAUUCUAGAGAACCCCCUCUAUAUCGCCGCAACUACUUUAGACCCCCAGUUUAAGCUGACGUGGAGCAGUAACCCAGACUGGCACAGACAAGUUCUCAUAGAAGAGUUAUCUAAAUACUCUACAGCCUCCAGCCCAGUAGAUCCCAACACAGACCUUCACACUCAAUCCCAGACUCUUCCUGUUCCGGCACCAUCUCCGGUCUCCUCUCUUUCUCGGCCCUGUAAGUUGUUCUCUUUCAUCAAGCAGAGACCCGCGACGCAGGCUAAGAGCCUAGAGCAGGAGCUGGCCGUUUACCUACACGAGGAGCCCACCGACGAAGAAGCUCUGCACUACUGGUGCCGUAAAGCUAUUGACUUUCCUCUGCUCACCCAGGUGGCCAAAAGAGCGCUGACCAUACCCGCCUGCGGCACAGUGGUGGAGAGGAUUUUCACCAUGGCCGCACACCUGCUGCUCCCAGAGAGAGGUUGUGUCUUACCGAAAAACUUGGAGACACUCAUCUACCUCAAAGCCAACCACAGAUUGCUGUGGACAUAAGAGAUGAGCUUUAAUCUGAGUAUUAGCUGGAGGAUUUUUCACUGGCAGUUAAGCGAGUUCAUGGAUACAAACCUUUGUUGCUCUUGCAAGUACUGCAGAUAACUUAAUACCAGGCAACUGAUGGGUGCCUGGAUUCAAAAUGCUGAAGUUAAAAGCAGAUCAAUACUAAAACAUUCACCCUGAUAUUUCUUUCUCAUAUUUGAGCCUCUAGACAACAACACGCUCUUGCUUUGUUUUGUUUUGUUUAAGAUAGCUUCUGUCUAUACCCUCCGUAAACCAGUGAUAACUAAUGAUCAAUCACUCCAUACAGUAGCAUGUAGUUUAUUUUCAUUUAUGUACAGAAUUCCCCAAGGCUGACUUUGUUCAAUGUCUUUUUAAUGGAUUGCAUCAGCUGCUCAGCAAUAUUUUUAAUCAUUUUUCCAAUGUAUGCGUGCCUCGUCAUGGAGACAUUUCAAUAAACAGGAUGCACUUCUUAAAA